CAGCGUCGUAAUCCGCCAUAAGAACACGAAGAAGAAAGACUUUUACUUUGAAAAGCGGACCCCGGAAGUCGCCUGACGGUCUUGGCUGCAGCUCGACGGCAACAGGUGGAGAAGAAGAUGUCGGCUCCGGUCGCGGUGUCACUAACCGGCCGCUUGUCGCCUCUUCGUCCGGUUGGGUUCACGCCGCUGCUGCGGAGGAGUCGCCCGGUGAGAAGCUCCGGUCGGUGGAUGUCACAGACAGGAGACAACCUGCGACCACUAGAGGGCGUCAGAGUGUUGGACCUGAGCAGAGUUCUAGCUGGUCCCUUCGCCACCAUGAUCCUGGGAGACCUGGGGGCCGAGGUGAUCAAAGUGGAGCGACCAGGCGCAGGAGACGACACCAGAGUGUGGGGUCCUCCCUUCGUCGCCUCAGAGAGCGUCUAUUUCCUCAGCGUCAACAGAAACAAGAAAAGCGUCGCCGUCGACCUGAAACAUCCCAGAGGAGCCGCGCUCAUCGAGGAGCUCACAGCGGUGUGUGACGUGCUGAUAGAGAACUUCCUGCCUGGGAAGCUGCACUCGAUGGGUUUGGGGUUCGAGCAGCUGAGCAGAGUGAACCCUCGUCUCGUCUACUGCUCCGUGUCAGGUUAUGGACAGACGGGUCCUCAGUCUCAGAGUCCUGGCUACGACUCCAUCGCCUCAGCUGUGUCAGGGAUGAUGUACAUCACCGGGCCAGAGGGCGGCGAGCCGGUGCGUCCAGGCGUCGCCAUGACGGACCUGGCGACGGGGCUCUACGCCCAUGGAGCCAUCAUGGCCGCCCUGCUGCAGCGACACAGGACGGGGAGAGGAGUUCACAUCGACUGCAACCUGCUGUCGUCACAGGUUGCCUGUCUCAGUCACAUCGCUGCUAACUACCUGAACGCCGGGAAAGAGGCGCGGCGCUGGGGCACGGCCCACGAGAGCAUCGUGCCGUACCAGGGCUUCAAAACCAAAGAUGGUCACAUUGUCAUCGCCGCAGGCAACGACAAGCAGUUUGUCAAAGUCUGUCAGGUUCUGGAUCUGAUGGAGCUCACAGAGGAUCAGAGAUACAGAACCAACAGGCUGAGAGUCGAACACCGUCAACAACUGCUGCUCACGCUGUCACACAGGCUCCUGCAGGAGAAGACAGCUGAUUGGCUGAGUUGGUUUGAGGGAUCAGGUGUUCCUGUUGGACCAAUCAACAGCAUCCAGGAAGUCUUCUCUGACCCUCAGGAAGGAAGCCGCUGUAAAACUUUUGACCUGAACCAACAAACGGAGCCCAAAAGAAAAAUUUGCAGUUUUAUGGUGCAGCUCCGGUGAUUCGACGAUGCCAGUGAUCGAAUCUCACAAAUGUCCACAAACCUCAAGAACAGGUGGAAUUCAUCCGCUUUGAUUUAUGGCGAGCUGGAGCACUUACAGCGGCGAACCUGACAGACGAGAGGAAGAUGUUUAGACGGACGUGAGAGUGUCUGAAAUAAAACCUCCUCCAUGUUGCCCCCCCCCCUCUCUCUCUGCCCACAGCCGUGCCACCAUUUUGAUGUUGUUUGACAUUUGUCACUGUUUUGUCUCUCGUGUUCACGUCCUGAAGUUCCCACAGUCGUCGUUGCUUUUUUCUCUCUCUCUCUCUCUCUCUCUCUCUCUCUCUCUCUCUCUCUCUCUCUCUCCCAGAAGUUUUCAGCAAUAAACCAACCUCAUGUUUUUAUGACUACAAACCUUCGGUCCAUGUAUCUGUCAUGCCGUCUGGGCAGCGGCCAGGUCCCGGAGAAAAUAUCCAGCUGAAUAUGGCUUUAAUAUCCUGACUACUGGAGGUGCGCUUGAUUUAUCCCAGCUGAAACCUAAACAGCCUCUGAAGUGAAUACCUAACAUGUAAGAUCAAAUAAAUCAGCCCCUCCAGGGGGCUCGAACCACCCACCUCUGGCAGGCGCGGUGCCUUGCUCUGUGCUCAGGCUGAAAGGGAAUCAAAUAAUUUAACCUACAAACCUGUCGGGUGCUCUCCGCUCCGAGGUGCACAGGGACGCUGGGACUUGAACUCUUCACCCUGGCAUCAUUACUGCCUUGCUUCAUCCAUUUGCUUUAACAGAACAAAUGAAGCUCUACCUUUUCAAUGUUUGUACUUUACUAGCUUUUAAUGACGGGUCUCAAGGAAUUGAACCCCCGACCUUUGCAGUGCUCAACACUUACGCCGCCUUGCUCAAGGGUGUUUAACCUGAAACCGAUCCAUCAGUGCCGACAGUGUUGGAACUAAAAACUCUUACCAUGGCAGUGUUGGUGCUGUUUUCUUGGGAAUUCAACCUGUGACCCUGUUGAUGUUAGUGCCUUGCUCUUAGUUGUACUCCUAACCCCUGCAGCACUAGUUAAUAGCACAAAACCCAAAUCUUCACCUGAUGUUCUCUGGGGAAGUCAACCUGUAACCCUGGUGGUGUAGGGUUUUUUUCUCUCUAUGGAUUUGAACCCCUAACCCUGGGAAUUCCAUUGCAUUGCUUUGCACACUUAGCGACAACCUAAUUUUUUUCCCCCCUCGUUCCGUUACUCAGUCUCCAGUCGAUUUGUCGUCCUUCGAGACCUUUAUAUCUUUUGUUUGGACACAAGUUCCACAAAUUACCUUUAUUGCCGUCUGGACAUUGUCAAAUAAAGCUGAAAUGCCAUAAAACUGAUGCUGUAGAAGACGUCACCGUUCCAGCGAACUCCCACUCCCGGGUCACGAGGACCGCACGUUGUUUUUUUCUGGAAAAAACGAAGAGAGCCUCCAGCCACAUUCCUGGGAAACACUCCCUCCACGCGGACUGGACUGAAGGUCAGAUGGAAGGACUGGAGGUGUGGGGACGGACAAAAGGCUUCCUCUGAGGUCACCGGGAUCAAACCCUCGUCCAGACUCGUCCACAUGUGGCCCAUUCACGUAGACACUGGAAGAUGAAAUGUAGCCACUCACCGUCAGAUUUUGUCCAUGUUUAUUAUGUGUGAUUUGAUUUCUGACUUUGUGAAAGAUGCAUCGCAUCAGGAAGA